AAGCCUCAACAAUGCCUGGGAACUGCGGACUGUCAAGCUAUUUCUGGCUCACAGGCCCUCGCAAACACGUUAUUUUCACGUCAGGCUUCCCUCCCCCCCACCCCACGGUGGAUUAAGCGAAGGAGCGAGCAGGCUGCGAAGUGAGUCGGCCGUAGGCAGCCUCUGACCCUGCAGUUCUCUCGGUUCAGUCCAGAUUCUCGAGCGCCCGGAGAGCCAUGCUACGGAGCUGCGCCGCGCGCUUGCACACGCUCGGGGUCCUGUGCGAUGUGUCAGGCCGCGUGAGGAGCUCAGGACCCGCGCGGCAGUCACAACCAAGCCACAUGGAAAAUCGACAAUACGGAGUCCAAAGGACAACUAGAUACUCAGCUGGACCGGUAGGAGGAGCGAAGCCAGCAGCGGAACAGAGAUCAUUUGUUUUUGAGACAGUCAUUCAUAAGGACCCUUCUCUCCCCAAACCCAGCUGGAGCAAGGACAUGAGACUCCUCUUUGACCAGUUCAUGAAGAAAUGUGAAGAUGGCUCCUGGACACUUUUGCCUUUCUAUAGUUAUAAAAGACUUCAAAAUGUUCAGGACUUCAUAACCUUUUUUCAUGCUUGUUUCCCUACAACUGCAAAACUUAUAGACAAAGAACAACUGUCACAGGCCCCUGUCUUCACCGAAAGCCUUAAGGAUGUCCUGGGCUUUGAACAUGUGAUGUUCUAUAAUGAUGUUGAGAAAAGGACAGUUUGCUUGUUUGAAGGAGGCCCUCACCUGCAAGGAAUGUUCGGAUUCCUUCAUGGAGGUGCUCUUGCAACCAUGAUUGAUGCUACUGUUGGUAUAUCUGCAAUGAGAGCCAAAGGAUUUGUCAUGACUGCCAAUCUCAACAUCAAUUUUAAAAGACCUGUCCCCCUUGGUUCUGUUGUUGUGAUCAAUAGCCAACUUGAUAAGAUUGAAGGAAGGAAAGUGUUUAUUUCCUGUGAUGUUCGGAGUGUUGAUGAGAAUAUCCUGUACUCGGAGGCAACAGGCUUACUUAUACAACUGGAUCCUGAAAAAAAUGCUUGAUGUGGAAAGAGUUUCUGAUAAGUUUUAUUCUACCUUCAUAAGGCUCUCCUUCUCCAGAAGAAAACGUGGCCCCAGUCCUGCUCUGCUCACCCGCUGCUGAGCACCCCAUAGUGUGAAGCCUACUAACACUGUCUUCCAGAACAGUCUUCAAAUACAACUCCAGGAACUCUAUUUCUACCUUGUAAACUUUUUAACAUAAAAACACUUCCUGUGAGAGUAUCAGCAGUUUUUUAUGUGUUCUUAGAAUAAGUGGUUUUCCUGACAUUUGAAUGGCUCUCCCUUGGGUGAUAUCUGCAAACUUGUACAUGCCAGAAAAACAAAAGAAGGAACAAAUAUGUGCGUGCAUAUAUGCAUGUAUGUGCAAUAUGUACAUGUGUACAUUCAUGAUCAAUAAAUUACAAAGCUAA